AUGCCUCAACCACGGACGUUGCUCGCUCCCCAUCGGCUAGCCAUAGUCAUCAGUCUGCCAUCAGCAUCUUGUUGCGGGCAUCGCAUCGUGAGCCGCCAUACGCCCAAAGCUGCUUAUUGUUGUCCUCCGGUUUCGGCUGCCGCCACCACCGACGGAGGAGUGAGUUCUAACGCUGUACGAAAAACAUACAAAUUUCCACCCGCCACCGCGGUAGUCGCUACGAGCCAUCACGCGCCGCCGUUCACCUCAUCCUCACCAGCUGAGCUGGAAAUUUCGGACGAUGAAGAUAAUUCAAUGCCGUCAAACGAUUUACCAAGUAUGCUAAAGCACGAGAAUUUGGAUUAUGAUUUUCCACAAGAAAACACAAGCUCGAGGCCUAUGGAAAAUGUGGCGAGCUCGUCUGGGACCAAUUUAAGAUCAUCUUUCUUGGGGAUGGGAUUUGCGCCAGCUCUUGUCGACAAAGCAAUUGAUGAACAUGGUGAAGGGAAUGCAGAGUUAUUGUUGGAGACACUCUUUGCAUAUUCUAAUCAUCAGCAACCAAAGCCAGAACCUUUUGAUGAUGGCCUAUCCAACAGCAGCAGUGAUGAUUUAACCGCAAACCAUCAUGUAAAGGAGGAACCUGAUGCUGGCAGUGCCAUUGAUGGAAAAAAGGAAUCAUUAUUGAAAAUGAAUUUCACUGUCGAUGAAGUUGAGCUUGCUAUGGGUAGACUUGGUAAAAAUGCUACUGUUGGUCAACUAAUGGACUUCAUUUUUGCUACGCGGAUGGCCAAGAAGUAUGAAAAAGAUACACCUAAUAUAAUAAUUGGAGAUGAGGAAAAUGAAAAGGUUUUGUUUGAUGACUCUUUCAACAAGUUCACGAUUGUAACAAUGAGGUGCUAUUUGGUGUCAUGGAAAAGACGCUUCAACUGCUUGAAAUGGGCUUUUCAGAGAACGAAAUAUCAACAGCUUUUGAGAAAUGUGUAUCGGCCUCCAAAACGGAAAACAUCCGAGCCCCUUUUCAACUCAUUAUUCAUCAAGACAGAGGUACAAGGCGACCUCACAUCCCAAGCCGGGACUUCCAACUCGCUCGUGAAACCAAAGCGCAAGAUCCCAAGAACACGACUUACGCACGAACCAAACGACUUCAUGGAACCAAAGGUGGAAUUCGCCGAGACCAGGAGCUCCGCCAACCUGCCGCCAGCCUGGCAAAUGGACUUUCUAGCGGAAGACUCGAAGCCCUCAAUGUACCCUUGCAGGACCCUUUCUCCGGCAGCCGCACGGCCCCCUUAUUUCCUCUACGGGCACGUGACCAACCUCUCUCAUUCCUCGUGGACCAAAAUCUCUCAGUUUCUGUACUCGGUCAAGCCCGAGUUCGUAAACACCGAGUCACACUCGGCCCUGAGCCGACUCGAAGGCUACGUGCACAACCUCCCCACGGAAAAUCGGGCCCACAUCCUCCCCAGGGGCCCGCUCACCAUCCAGGAAGCCGCCCCACACUCCGAAAAAUGGUGGCCCGCGUGGGACACCCGGAAGCACCUGACCCACGUCGGCUGCCACGCGGGCGGGUCGGCUCACGUCAUCGACCGAGUCUCCCUGGCCCUGUCCGGGCCCGAUGGGCCUCCGCCUCCGGACCUCGUCCAGCAGCUCCAAUCAAAGAGCCUCAUCUGGAUGGGCCGGAAUCGGGUGGGCCCGCUGGAGCCCGAGCUGGCGGAGCGCGUGAUGGGCUACCCGCCGAACCACACUCGGGCCGCCGGGCUCGGCCCGGAUGAACGGCUUAGAUCGCUCGGGCUCGCUUUCCAAACGGACACGCUGGGUUACGUUCUUUCGGUUGUGAGGCAGCUUUGUCCGGGAGGGGUGGCUGUGCUGUCAUUUUUCACGGGGAUUGGUGGGCCUGAGGUGGCGCUGCAGCGGCUGGGGAUUAGGAUGAGGGGUGUGGUGUCGGUGGAGCCGAGUGAGGUGAGGCGGAGGAUUGUGAGGAGGUGGUGGGAGAGUAGCGGGCAGGGUGGGGAGCUGGUGCAGAUUGAGGAUGCGAGCAGGCUGACGGGGGGGAGGCUGGAGGAGCUGACGAAGAAGUUUGGGGGGUUUGAUUUGGUGGUGUGCCAGAACCCGAGUUCGGGCGCGGAGAGUGAUGUGCUGUCAGGACUGGAUUUCUCCAUGUUUGUGGAGUUUGUGAGGGUUCUGCAGCGGGUGAGGUCGUCCACCAGAUAAUUGUUUUGGAGGAUUGAAAUAAUUGUGACAUUUAUGUAUGAUAUAAGAUAAGAUUAUUAUAUCUAUCUAUUUAUUUUUUUUUUAGUUAGACCUCUACAGUAGGAGGAGAACUGGAAUAUAUGUCACUAAACCAUCAAUAAUGCCCCAAGAAUGUGAGGUAUUUCAGUAGUAAUUUGUUUGAUAAUAAUUACUCUGCAACUUUGGUGGUGGUGCAUGUUUUUGUUACCUAAUAUUCCAUGUCACUAGACAUGGCUACAGGCCGAACUGGUCUGGUCAAGCCUUCGGCCUGGUCAAGCCCGUUGACUGAUAGCGUGGAGCCGGGCCUGUUCAGGUUAUCAAUUAUUAUCAAUUAAUAAAUUUGUGAAUUGGGC